AUGCGCCGAGUUGGCAGGACCUUCUGCACGCAGGCCAGGUUCCGGGUCGUCUUCAUGCGCCACGGCGAGUCCACUUGGAACCUCCAGAACCGCUUCACCGGCUGGACCGACGUCAAGCUUACCCCCAAGGGCAUCCAGGAGGCCAAGGACGCUGGGCAGAAGCUGGCCCAGAACGGCUUCAAGUUCGACCUGAUCUACACCUCGGUGCUGUCCCGGGCCAUCCAGACCUACAACUACGCUGCCGAGGAGAUGGACUGCCACUACCUGCCGGUCGUCAAGGACUGGCGCCUUAACGAAAGGCAUUACGGUGCCCUCCAGGGCCUCAACAAAAAGGAAACCGCGGAAAAGCACGGCGAAGAGCAGGUCAAGAUUUGGCGCCGCAGUUUCGACAUCCCGCCCCCGGCCCUCGAGCCCUCCGACGCCCGCUGCCCCCACCAGGACAUCAAGUACCGGGGGGUCGACCCCGCGAAGCUGCCCCUGACCGAGAGCCUGAAGCUGACCAUCGAUAGGGUGCUGCCCCUCUGGGAGCAGGAGCUCACGCAGUCGAUUAAAGCGGGCAAGAACCUCCUCGUGGUGGCGCACGGCAACUCGCUGCGGGCGAUCGUGAAGCACUUGGACGGGAUCAGCGACGCAGACAUUGUGGAGCUGAACAUCCCGACUGCGAUCCCGCUGGUGUACGAGUUCGACGAGCAGCUGCGGCCGCUGAAGCACUACUACCUGGAGGACCCCGAGGUGCUCAAGGAGAAGAUGGACAGCGUCAAGAACCAGGGCAAGAAAUGA